AGAUAUCGGGUUUGUUUAAGCAAUGCACAAAAGGUGUUACUGUAAAAUUGGAUGAUGAUAUGUUGAAGCAUUACUGUAAUGAGGAUACUUUUAUCAUUGAUAUUGAACAAGCCCAAGAUGAUCCAUCAUGUUGUACAGUAACACUCGUUGAAUUAUCACCAUCACAUUUCUCUCAAUCUACAUAA